GGCUUCCGCCGCCGGGUGGACGAAGAUGGCGUCGGGUGGUGGAGGUUGUAGCGCUGCGGAAAGACUCCCUCCGCCCUUCCCCGGCCUGGAACCGGAGUCCGAGGGGGCGAUCGGGGGAUCCGACCCCGAGGCAGGGGACAGUGACACCGAGGGGGAGGACAUUUUCACCGGCGCUGCGGCGGCCAGUAAGCCGCAUUCUCCAAAGAGAAUCACUUCCAUUCUUCCCUUUAACAAUGGCUCCAAAGAAAACGGCAUUCACGAGGGACAAGACCAAGAACCACAGGAUCGUUUUUCAGAUGCCACAGUGGAACUGUCCCUGGACAAUACACGAAACAAUCAGAAGAAGUUACUGGCCAAAACGCUCACUUCCCUUCCUUCACCAGAAGGUGCAGAUUCUUCCCAGGCACAGCCAAGCUAUGAGGAGCUAGAAGAAGAAGAACAGGAAGACCGGUUUGAUUUGACGGUUGGUAUAACCGACCCUGAGAAAAUAGGGGACGGUAUGAAUGCCUAUGUAGCCUACAAAGUCACCACACAGACAAGCUUACCAAUGUUCAGAAGUCAACAGUUUGCAGUAAAAAGAAGGUUUAGUGACUUCCUGGGUCUUUAUGAAAAGCUGUCGGAGAAGCACUCUCAGAACGGCUUCAUUGUCCCUCCGCCCCCAGAGAAGAGCCUGAUAGGAAUGACAAAAGUGAAGGUCGGAAAAGAAGACUCUUCUUCUGCAGAAUUCCUUGAAAAGCGGAGGGCUGCUCUUGAAAGGUACCUUCAGAGGACUGUGAACCAUCCUACCAUGUUACAGGACCCUGAUGUCAGGGAGUUCUUAGAAAAAGAAGAGCUGCCACGCGCCGUGGGUACCCAGACAUUGAGUGGCGCUGGGCUCCUCAAGAUGUUCAACAAAGCCACAGACGCGGUCAGCAAGAUGACCAUCAAGAUGAACGAGUCCGACAUUUGGUUCGAGGAGAAGCUGCAGGAGGUAGAGUGCGAGGAACAGCGCUUACGGAAACUGCACAUGGUCGUGGAGACACUUGUCAACCACAGGAAAGAGCUAGCACUCAACACAGCACAUUUCGCAAAGAGUCUCGCCAUGCUCGGGAGCUCCGAAGACAACACAGCCCUGUCACGGGCCCUCUCCCAGCUGGCUGAGGUGGAAGAAAAAAUCGAGCAGCUUCACCAGGAACAGGCCAACAGUGACUUCUUCCUCCUGGCCGAGCUGCUCAGCGACUACAUCCGUCUCCUGGCCAUAGUCCGAGCCGCCUUCGACCAGCGCAUGAAGACGUGGCAGCGCUGGCAGGACGCCCAGGCCAUGCUGCAGAAGAAGCGGGAGGCCGAGGCCCGGCUGCUGUGGGCCAACAAACCGGACAAGCUGCAGCAGGCCAAGGAUGAGAUCGGAGAGUGGGAGUCUCGAGUGACUCAGUACGAGAGGGACUUUGAAAGGAUUUCUUCUGUGGUCCGCAAAGAAGUGAUCCGUUUCGAGAAAGAGAAAUCCAAGGACUUCAAAAACCACGUGAUCAAGUACCUGGAGACGCUGCUGUACUCACAGCAGCAGCUGGCCAAGUACUGGGAAGCCUUCCUCCCUGAGGCCAAGGCCAUCUCCUAAUGGACCAAGGACUCCGGGCCCACCUGCCUGACGCUGCCUUUUUAUACAGUGUCCUCCUCCCAGCGAUGCCCCCCGCCUCGCCUGGACUCCUCCCUCCCCGCCCCUACGACCAAGCCGCCCGGUUACUCUAACUGAUACUUCCUGUAGCUCCCAUAUAUAUUUUCUUACCUGAGAGAAUAGUUUCUGGCUUUAAGCAAAAAGACCCACACUAGGUGGUGGGAUUAUGGGAUAGGAAGGAGUAUUGCUAUAAAUAUAUAAAUACAAAUGUAUAUUUUUCAGGGUGUGGUUAGGAACUGGGAAUAACGUUUUCUGUUACUCCUGACGGUGCCAAGAAAAGAUUAUGUAAUAAAAUAUUUUAAAAUCAG